AUGUUGGUUAUUCUAGUCUUGGCUGCCUUUCAGCUGGGCCAUAGUAAGCGCCAGCCAGAGUUGCAGGACAAGUUCGUUAUCUGUCAAGUGCCUUGUUAUACUGAAGGCGAAGAUUCACUUCGUCGGACUACUUAUCGAUUCGCUGGCGGCAUUGAACUAUUACGAUAA